AACACAAUAUGUCCUUUUAACAUUUCUGGUGUUUUGAAGACUUGAAACACAAACAAACAGUAAAAAUGGAGGCCUUCAAACUGAUGAAGGAGCUAAAGAGCAAUUUGGAUCUGGAGGUUCAAUAUCUACCGAAAGAAACGGGUCUCCGGUUGAUCGAGUCCACCCAAGAGAACAGUAACGGAGUUUCAGCAAAAUGCAGAGAUGCUCGAGUUGAGGAUCUCUGGAGCUUGACCAAUUUCUUCGGUUACAGCACUCAGACCUUUGUACUAGCCGUCAACCUGCUGGACAGGUUUCUAGCUAUGAUGAAGGUUCAGCCCAAAUAUCUGGCCUGCAUCAGCAUUGGCUGCCUCCAUAUCGCCGUGCGAGUGACUGAAGGCGAGUGCAAUGUUUCGUCCAGCCAUGAGCUCAUUCGCAUCAGCCAGUGCAAGUUCACCGUCUCAGACCUCAGCCGAAUGGAGAAGAUCAUUUCAGAAAAACUCAACUUCCAGUUCAAAGCCGUCACAGCCUUAACCUUCCUGCAUUUGUACCACGCCAUUGCACUUUCACACACGUCCAACAGAAAAGACGUCCUGAAUCUUGACAAACUGGAAGCCCAGCUGAAAGCCUGCCUAUGCAGAAUUGUUUUCUCCAAAGCAAAACCAUCGGUGCUCGCCUUGUCGCUGUUGAUGCUUGAGAUCGAGGCCUUACAGUCUGCGGACCUGCUAGAAAUCGCACACCGCAUACAGACACACUUGAAGAUCUCAAAGGCUGACCUGGGACGCUGGCGAGGCCUGGUAGGGCAGUGUAUUAGAGAUUACUCCUCUCCAGAAUGUGCCAAACCGGACCACAAGAAACUGGUGUGGAUCGUCUCUCGAAGAACAGCACAGAAUCUGCACAGCAGCUACUGCAGCAUACCUGAGCUGCCCACCAUUCCUGAGGGCGUGUGGGACGAGAGCGAGAGUGAGGAUUCAAGUGAAGACUUGAGCUCUGGUGAAGAGAGUCUGAGCAGCUCAUUGGGCAGCGAUGCCGAGGGUCCCUACUUCCCCUCCAACUUCCUAUCCCGUGCCCGCAGACUCUAAUAAUGCUCCAAACCAAAACAGAGAGGAGCACAAACACCAGUGGAGAAGUGGCUGCCAAUGAUCUGAAUGGCCUCCUUGUCAUCUUUUGCGAUGAUGUCACAGACCUCCCUAGCUGGAAACCUAACGUUGUACAGCGAGGUGCCAUUGUGCCUGAAACCAACCAGUCCAAAAUAUCACAAUUGUAUCUUUAAAACUCUUCUUUGGCUUCCCAGAAAGCCGCUCCUUAUACUGUAAACAUCUCUUCUUGAUUUCUCGUGUUAAGCUAAAGUGAAAUAAUUCAGCACAGGCAGCUAAAAAGUUGAUCAAAAUCAACACAAAAAAAAAAAAAAAUGUAGCCGUAGAGUAUAUAAUAGAUGGUGCAUGUUUGGAUUUGUCAACAUUCCAGGCGGCUCAAUAUGACAUAUCCAAGGUACACUAGACUGUUAUAGAACAACUUAGGACUUGUACUUUGGUGCUUUGCACAGUUUUGUAAAAUGAUUGUAAGCGCGUGACUGUGGGAAAGCUGAACUGCCGCCUCUCUGAGCUCCUAGUCAGAGAUUUACUGUGGUGUGCAUGGUGUUCAAAAAAUAAGGCGGAUUGUUUAAUUCUCGUGUGUAUGUUUGAGUGUGAUGUUGUUAACCUACUUGCCAAUUUAGUAUGUUUCACUUUAGCCGAUGUAUGAAGACAAUUACUGUAUGUUGAAAAUGUGGAACACACAAAAAAAGCCUAAAAAACCUUACAAAAUGUAAAAAAUGUUGAUAUAAAAAAAAUGUACAUUUGUAUAAUGUAAAAAAAAAAACCGCAUAUACGUUCUGUAUAGCAUCUUGUAGAUAUUAACUUAUUUAUUGUUAUUUUUGUCAUGGUAAUAUAAAAAAAA